GGCACACGUCAGGAUUCCCUCGUUCUCAUUGUCCCACCGACACAUCUAACGUGAGUUUUGCUACAUCCUGCUUCUCCUUCAAUUCCGAAACAAAGAAAUUGCGCGACUCGCACGGAAAAAAUAUAUAUAUAUAUAUAAAGGAAAAGGGAAAGCUGACUCGGGGAGACGACAUCAACAGAGCCAUGGCCCCAACGAGCAACAUCUUGCGCGCCGCCCGGCCGCUCUUCCGCCAGGGCGCCGCCGGCCCCUCGCCCUUCUUCAACAGCCAGGCGCAGCAAAUGUUCCGCAACCAGUUCCGCCAGCAGGGCAAGCGGUGGCAGAGCACGGCGUCGGGGGAGCAGCAGCAGUCGGCCAGCUGGUUCAAGAAGGCGUGGGAGAGCGAGGUCGGCAUCAAGACGGUGCACUUUUGGGCCCCCGUCAUGAAGUGGGCUCUCGUCCUGGCAGGCAUCUCCGAUCUGGCUCGUCCCGCCGAGAAGCUGUCCUUUGCGCAAAACUUCUCCCUGAUGUGCACCGGUCUCAUCUGGACGCGAUGGUGCUUCGUCAUCACCCCCAAGAACAUGCUGCUUGCUGCUGUCAACUUCUUCCUCGCACUGGUCGGAAUCGCACAAAUCACUCGUAUUACCAUGCACAACAUGUCCAAGAAAGAUGGUGACGAGGCUGUUGUUGAGGCCAAGGCCAAGGCUUAAAGAUGGAGGUAUUCUUUGACCUGAGAGAUAAAUAACUAAAGAUACUGAGUGGAGGGGAAAACAUGGUAUACCUAAUACAUCAUUUCGCGAUAUCAUGAACAACAAGUCUUGAGCUUGAUAGCCACCAUCACGCAAAAGACUACUGACCAACAAAACAAAAACAAGAGGGGAGCAGAGCAGUUUAUCUGCGCUAUUUUCUGGGGCAAUGUUAUAGGGUUGCUUGGACGUGCUUUAUCGCCUAGAGGAGGGCUUUUCUUAUUGUAUUCUCACCGAUUGGCAACAUCGGGAUUUACUUUGUUCUUGACAACUUUUUUUUUGAUUGGAUAGCUGCGUAGGGCGCUAGAAGCAAUUAUACGUUUACUAUCCGACAGUAAUCUCCAUG